GUCGCCAGAUUGGAGAGGAAUGCCGAUCAGUCAUCUACGGCCUCAUGUUCAGAGUGUACCUAGGCAGAGAUAUUAACGACAGGAUUGUGAAUAGGAAACGUGGUUUUGCCGAAGAGAUCCUCGCCGAAUAUCUCGAAUGCAGCAUUCGCUUCGCUCACGAGAUCCUCACCGCGUCCAGGCAGCAAUCACCUCUGUGACAAUGGUCCUACCGGUAUUACUGCUCUUACCUCAACAGUCCGACCAACGGCAUCUUCAGCAGUUCCUGCAAGCGGUCUAUACAUGGGCUAGGGAAUAUGGCGCGGAUAUGAGGAACCUGUUCAUCGAGUUCAUUGUGUGGAUUCGCCAGGGCUCUCGGAUCAGGUUUCCGGGAGAUCUUCAAGAGCAGUCCCGCAAAGAAAAGCUUCCGACGUGGGCGGAGGAGGAUGAGGGUGGACUGCUUCGGAUUCAUCAGGAGGUCUGCAUAGCGGUGUCUGACGCCGCUAAUGGGGACUUACGUUCCGAUGCCAAGAAGGGGCGCGGUGCGAAGGAACGCAAACGACGCCUUGGCAAUGAUGCGUUCUUGACAUGACGAGAGGGUGUUGGUGUCGUUUGCAACUGCCGGUCCACGCGCGAGACUUGCCGGAGACACUGAAGCAGGAGGCC